UGUUAGCCUUUCGCUCUCUCUUUUUCUUUAUCUUCUAUGUGGUGCAAUGAUAAAACCCUAAAGCAAGAAAAUAGCGCCAUUCGCUACUAGUGCAGACCCAGGUUAUCUUGAAUGGAUUGCUUAGUUUGCCGUUGCUCAGUUUAUGAUACCAGGGUCUCUCUUUUUACUCGACCUGCAUCCCUGGUAUCUCAUCUUUCCUUUGUUAGAUAUCCACCAAAAGUCCUCAUUAUGUCAAAAUUUUCAUGGCGUAUAUCAUGUGACGCCACACCCACAAAGCAGAUAAACCCACAAAUAGAAGAAUCGAGACAGCGCCGCCAUAAUGCCAUGAAACAAUUCUUACUCGAGGAAUGCUGUUUUUCUUCCUCUCAAAUCACAUUACUGAUAAGCAAAGACCCCAGCCUCUUCAGAAGAAGAUCCACAGACAGGGCGUAUAAGGCACUUCAGUUGCUCAGAGACUCUGGAUUCACUGUAGAGCAGAUAAGGAAAGCUAUUAUCAGAAACCCAACUAUUCUUAUUCGUUCUGUUGAUGACCAUUUGAAGCCUAGAAUCGAAUACUUGAAAACAAUAGGGAUAGCUGAAGAAGAUGUGAAUUAUAUCGUCUGUCGCCAUCCGAGAAUUCUUACUAGCAAAUUGGAUAUAACUCUUGCUCCGAAUAUCCUAUCACUGAUCAAGUUUUUUGGGUCAAAGGCUAACCUACUUAAGGCUGUCAGGAGGGCACCUUGGGUUGUGUCCUAUCAUAUUGAAGUAGUGAAUAAUAAAUUGAAGGUUUUGGAAAACACAGGCCUCCUAGAGCAUGAGAUCAAACGAAUUCUUGAAAGGGAUCCUCGAUUCCUUUGUUCCUCUGUAAGUAAGAUAGAAAAGAAUAUGGAGUUCUUGACAUGUACUGUAGGGUUAAAACCAAAUGUUGUGGUUAAAUAUCCCCAAUUCUUGAACUUGAGUGUAGAGAGGAGGAUGAGGCCACGCUAUGAGGUGUUUAAGUAUCUAAAUGCAUCGCGAGCUGGCCAUGACCUUACAACCAGUUUGGUUACAAUUCUGACAAUAAGUGAGAGGGAUUUCACUCAAAGGUUUCUAUCCGGCAGUCCUGAUGUCAAAAGGUUAUAUGAAAAAUACAAGGGCAAGACUGUGGAUGUUGAAGUAACUGAACUUUUACCAACUCACCCAAGAUAAUUUAGAAUUGAACGGUGAUUUCAAGUGCAUCAGGUAGCAUUUUUUAGGUAUGUUUUAUUGAUGUUACUGAGGGGUGUGCUUCUAUCCACUAAAUCUAAUUUUUCUUGCAGUCCAUUUUUUCCCUUCAAUAGUGAAGAAAAAUUAUGGUUCUACCCUGAAUUAAAACAGGACAUUUAUGAAAUGUAUGGCCAUGGAUUAAAUCUAUGUAUUAUAAACGAUUCUUUACAUUUGGUGUUGAAACCAUUGAAUGUUCCUCGAA